AUGCACAUUCUUCCGUUAUCGUUCGCGCUUUUAACAUAUACUGGAUACUGGCGACCCGUUAACUUAACAUCCAUCAAAUAUUGGACGUACAUUAUUUAUUCUAUUCUAAUGAAUUUCCUACUUUAUUCAUUCACAUUUUGUGGUUUAGUCGACUGUUUUAUACUCAAGGAUCUCGAAACUUUUAUCGAGAAAUUCUCGCUGUUUCUGACAGUACUUGGUGUUAGCUGCAAAGUGAUGAACCUAGCGGUACGUCGGGACGACAUUAUUGGGCUUACCAAUAUGCUACUGAAGAAUAUCUGCAUACCCCGGAACGAUCAAGAAACGGAUAUCCAGCGACGCUUUGAUCGCAAUGCGAAGAUAAUCACUAUAUAUUGUGAGAUACUGAAUGAAUCUGCUGCCUUCUUCGCCACGGUUGCUCAAUUAAGAUACUUUAUCAGCACUCGGACUUUACCGCUCUAUGACUGGGUGCCCUAUGAUACCUCGUCAACGACCGCUUUUUGGGCAACCAUGUUGCACCAAACCAUCGCACUAAUACUUUGCGCGAAUGCCAGUGUUGCCCACGAAACUCUUAUUUCUGGUUUUAUGAUCCAAGUCUGCGCCCAGCUGGAUAUACUUUGCUAUCGUGCCCGUACGUUGCCAGAUUCGUUGCGAGAGGCUCGAAAAUGCAGUACAUCGAAAGAAGAUUUCAAAACUCGAGAACGGCGACUAGUCCGUGAGAUUGUCCAUCAUCAUCGCUAUGUAUAUAGGUUUGCGGAACGUAUCAAUGCGGUGUUCACUCUAAUGAUUUUCGUGCAAUUCUCCAUAAGCUCGACAGUGAUCUGUCUUAGCAUCUACAAAAUGUUGACAAAGAACUUGCUGAGCCUCGAUUUCGCGUAUAACUUGUCGUAUCUUGGUUGUAUGCUUAUGCAGAUUUAUUUAUACUGCUGGUUCGGCAAUGAAGUGACGCUUAAGGUAUAUAAAUUUUUUGUUAAUAAAUUUAUUUUUAAAUAUGUAUAGAGUACUGAAAUUGGGAGCGCCGUUUACGAGAUGGACUGGUCGAUGCUUCCUGUUGAUUUAAUGAAAACCUUUUUGGUGAUAAUUACACGAUCUAUGAGACCAAUCAAGAUAACUAGCGGAUACAUAGUCACUUUAUCUAAUGAAUCAUUUAUGAAGAUUAUCAAAAUAUCUUACUCGGCGUACAACGUCCUACAGGGAACGAUGCAUACUCUUCCGCUAUCAUUUGCGCUAUUGACAUGUGCCGGAUACUGGCGACCCAUUAACUUAACAUCCAUCAAAUAUUGGGCGUAUAUCGUUUAUUCCAUUGCUAUGAAUUUUUUACUUCAUUCAUUCACAUUUUGCGGUUUAGUCGACUGUUUCAUAAGCGAGAAUUUCAAGACAUUCGUUGAGAAAUUCUCGCUAUUCCUGUCAGUACUUGGCGUUAGCUGCAAAGUGACAAAUCUGACGGUACGUCGACAUGAGAUCAUCAAUCUCACCGAUAUGUUGUUGGAUGACAUCUGUAUACCCCGGAACACUCACGAAAUGGAUAUUCAGCGACGCUUCGAUCGCAACGCGAAGAUAAUCACCAUAUGCUGCGAAAUACUGAAUGAGUCUGCUGCCUUCUUUUCGAUUGCUCAAUUUCAACAUUUUGUCAACACUCGGACUUUGCCGCUCUAUGACUGGGUACCCUAUGAUAUCUCAUCAACGACCAUUUUCUGGGCAACUUUGUUGCACCAAACUAUCAUAAUAAUGAUUUGCGCGAACACCAGCGUUGCCCACGAGACUCUCAUUUCUGGUUUUAUGAUUCAAAUUUGUGCCCAGCUAGAUAUACUCUGCUAUCGAGCUCGUAUAUUGCCGGAUUUGCUACAAGAGGCUCGAAAAUGCAGCAUCUCGAAGGAAGAUUUUAAAGCGCGAGAACGGCAACUAGUUCGCGAGAUUGUACAUCAUCAUCGUUAUGUGUAUAGAUUUGCAGAACGCGUCAAUGCAGUGUUCACGCUAAUGAUUUUUGUACAAUUCACCAUAAGUUCGAUAGUGCUCUGUCUUUGUAUUUAUCAAAUGUUGACGACAAAUUUGCUAAGCGUCGAGUUUGCAUAUAGCUCGUCGUACCUUGGUUCCAUGCUAAUACAGAUUUAUUUGUACUGCUGGUUUGGCAACGAAGUGACACUAAAGGUCAAUUAUUUCAAUAUUCUUAAACUUUUUAAAAACAGCACUGAAAUCGGAAGCGCCGUUUACGAGAUGGAUUGGUCAAUGCUUCCAGUUGAUUUAAUGAAGACUCUUUUGAUAAUUAUUACACGAUCUAUGAAACCAAUUAAGAUAACUAGUGGAUACAUAAUUACUUUAUCCAACGAAUCUUUUAUGAAGAUAAUUAAAAUAUCUUACUCAGCGUAUAACGUCUUGCAGGGAUCUUAA